GUAGAGAGCAACAGGUCCAAAUCCUGCUUUGUGCACAGCCACCAGAAGCUUUUAGUUGGCCUAAACGGUUGACUUGGAAUAACUCUAUUUUAUCCUCACCUCGUAAAGCUCUGUAAACUUGAGCCCUCAUGUUUCGGGUAGUUGCAGAGCACGUCAAGCGGCACCCUGGGCUGAUCCCCCAGUUCUUCUUUAUCUGCCUUGGAAUGGGUGGAGCCUCCCUGUACCUCAUCCGGCUGGCCAGAGGACCACAUGUCACCUGGAACAAGACUGAUAAUCCUGAACCAUGGAAUAAUCUGGACCCCACAUACCAGUACAAGUUUGUUGCUAUUACCACUGACUAUAAGAACCUGAAGAAGGAAGGUCCAGACUUUUGAACCACACAGCAGAGUCAAGCAGGGGGAAAAAAUGAAAAUCCUGGAUUUCAAUAUCUGCUUUCCUCUCUAUAUUUUCUGACAUCAACACUGCAGGUUUUGGUGAACCGAGCACAAAAUCAAAAUGUAUAGAUGUGUGGUUUGAAAAAGCAGCUGACUGCUUGGUAAACCCAACAGGAAAUAUUUACAUAUGCUUAUUGAAAGAUAUUCCAAAAAGCACAGUGGAUGCCACAUUCAUGCACUUCUUAUGCUUAUGUAUUUUCCAUGCAAAAAACUGGGUUAUUUUUCAAGAAGUCUUAGUUUAAGAACAUGGCCUUGUUUUAGACAUUUUUUUCCACAACAAUUUUCACCACAAAACAUAUUAAAAAAAAUGCAUAAAAUUUUUUUUAAAAAUCACUCACAUAGCUCUUACUCCUUCAGCAUUUCAUCAUAAAUGUAAAUAGCAUGUAAAAAAUGUUGAGGACCAAAAGCACCAAAACUAGACAAGCAGCCUUGGUUUAAAAAAAUAUUGAUGUUUUCUGAACAUGAAAACAUUAGAUGUUCAUCUUACACCUUUGAUGUUUUUCCAUGUGUUUCCUACAGCAGCUUUUAUUUUUCUAGCCUCUUAUAGAACAGCUGCAGUGUAACCUGACAUCAAAGGUCCAAUCAUUGUGCGCUGCUGCUUGUAUUUCAUAACUGAGACGUGACCGUACGUUUAGCUGCCACUGAACUGAACAGUUAUCGGCUCAGUCAUGAAAGCAACAGCUGCAUUAAUUACAGUGUAUUCUUUCAAUAAAUAAACUGAUCUUUGUCUGCA